CCGACCGUGGAAUUCACCACGCAGACGUCCAAAAUUUUGCCAGCACAGGGUAAAGUUAUAUUUCGCGUUCAAUACGGUUCCACUGUUGUUAAGGGUUUGUUCGAAAGCUCCGUGCGCUAGCUUCAAUUUUGUCGUAAGCCAAUCAAAAAAAAAAUCAACUGAAAAUGUUCGUGUCGACAGUCUCUCGCAUUGCCCCCGUUGCCAGGAGCGCCCUCCUCGCCAACUCCAAGCAGUACUUGCGACCAUUGAGCAGCGCCGUCAUCAGCCAGAGCCAGACCUUGGCCGCUCAGAACACAACCCCAGUUGCAUUACUGCCACAAAUCAGGUCAUUCCAGACCUCGCCCGUCACCCGUGACAUUGAUUCGGCUGCCAAAUUCAUUGGUGCUGGUGCUGCAACAGUCGGUGUCGCUGGAUCCGGUGCUGGUAUCGGAACAGUAUUCGGUUCCCUCAUCAUUGGUUAUGCCAGGAACCCAUCCUUGAAACAGCAGCUGUUCUCCUACGCCAUUCUGGGCUUUGCCCUGUCUGAGGCCAUGGGUCUGUUCUGUCUUAUGAUGGCUUUCCUGCUGCUCUUCGCCUUCUAAGCGCGCAUCGAACGAAUGCUCGUCCUUGUUUCCUGCAAUCGUGCGUGUGUGUGUGUGUGCGCUCGGCUGAGGGCAGACGCGGGCAUCCGAGCGGCGGCAGAGGGGAAGUAACCAACAACCAACCAACCAACAACAACACCAUCGUUCGUUUUUCGAUUAUUAAUGAUACAAAUGAUUGAUUGAUUGAUAGCAACAAGAACAUCCUGUACAACUAUCUAAUUAUAAAAUAACAACCACAACCACAUAA